AUGCCAGAAAUUAAAAUUCAACACGUAGUGUCAUACAGCAGCCAGGAUUCCAAUAAUCCUGCUGAGAAUCUCUUGAAACCUGAUGGAACCCACAAAUGGAAAUGUGGCAAAGUUGGAGAGAAGCAGUCUUCUGUUGUUUUACAAUUCGAAAAGGCUUCCAUCAUCCACUCUAUAGACAUUGGUAAUGACAGUUCCGCCUUUGUAGAGAUUCUUGUUGGCCGUUCAUCAUCUGAUAAAGAUUUCCAGAACAUAACAUAUGGUUUGUCUUUCAUUAAAUUCCAUUCCCCACCUGAGAAUCCAGCAGCCUCGACAACAUCUGCCAUGGCAACAACAAAUGAUGAUUUGACAAAUCCCCAAAAAAUUGGUGCUUUCUUUUUUCGAAAAGAUGAAGAUGAUGUAAAGGUGGGCAGUUUUUUUGCUCGUCAUAAAGAAAAACCGGAAUCUCCUCCAUUAACAGUUGUGAGAGUAGGGGCAGCAGGUUCAAUUAUUCUGUUAAAAGAAAAAAAUUUUUCUUCUUUCUUUGUAAAGACGAAGAACAAGCGUAAGCAUGACAUGAGUGAUGAUGAAGAUGGUGUUGAGGAAAAGAAAAGCAAGUUGAGCCGAAGUGAAACAAAUCCUGCAAGCCGGUCUACGGAUGAGGAAAAAUCAUAUCAUCGUCACAAGGAUGAACAUGAGAAGUCCAAACACAGCCGAGAUGAUGAAAAGAAAGAGAAAAAAUCUGCCCACCGAGAUGACACCAAACAUCGUGAUAGCAGUAACAGUCAUCACAAUAACUCUACAACAUCCAAGUCCUUAUCAAAAAACCAGGAAUUAUCGAAAGGUGCCAAGCCAUUUCAUAAAAUUAUGGACGGUGUUGUGUUUGUGCUUAGUGGAUUCCAGAAUCCAUUUCGUGGGGAACUGAGAGACAAAGCAAUAGAGAUGGGAGCCAAGUACAGACCUGAUUGGAUGGACGGAUGCACCCACCUUGUAUGUGCCUUUGCAAACACACCUAAAUAUGCCCAAGUGAAAGGAAAAGGCAAAAUAGUGACAAAACAUUGGAUCACUGAUUGCUACAAACAGAAAACAUUGUUACAUUGGAAAAGGUACCGAUUAGUUGAUAAUGAAUCAGGUAAAGAUUCUGAAGACGACAAAACAGUCGAAAGUUCACAGGAUUUGCAUAAGACUGACUCACAGAAGAAAGAAACAGAUCCAGAUUUUAUGCCCGUAAAACAAGAUGAGAGUCAAUCAGAUGAACAGUCAGAGGAUGAUACUGAUGAUGAGGUUAGACGGAUAAAAGAAGCUGAUGCAAAAAAGAAGUCCCCUGGUAAAAACUAUGAUUCUGUUCCUUCCUCAUCAAGUUUAGGAGACAGCACAUUGCCUUUGGAACAAUCAAUGAAUGAAGAUGAUGCAUAUGAUAUUGCAACUGAUGUGGAUGAAGACAGUGGUUCAGAUGGGGAAUUGCCAGAACUUCCAGAUUUUCUGGCAGGGAAACAUUUUUUCCUUUAUGGAGAACUGAGUGAAAAAGAACGACACAAUCUCACUCGUUACAUUGUUGCUUAUAACGGAGAACUAGAAGAUUACAUGAAUGAAAAAGUUGACUUUGUGAUAACUGCUGAACCCUGGGACGACAACUUUGAUGAGGCUCUGACCAAUUACCCCCAGUUGACAUUUGUGCGUCCCAGAUGGCUGUAUAAGUGUUAUGAGAACAAUAAGCGGGUCCCAUAUCAGCCACACAUAGUGACCCCCUAA